UACGAGAUUUUUACAAUGAGGAUCCUGAGUCAUAUAACAAUGAGAUACAUCAAUUGGAAAGCUUACGCUCGAUGGCGGUUAGGCCGCCCGUCGAUAUGGCCGGCUGUGUGCUGCUGAAAAAGUACUACAGCCAGUUGCAUUUUCUUCAGAGUAGGUUUCCCAUGAACAAGGAUGGUCCCGCCGCAGUUACAUUUACAUGGAGGGACACUUAUGCGAAUAUGGUGUGUUCAUUGGCUAAUAUUCGUUUUGAAAUGAUAUCCAUUUUAUACAAUAUUGGCGCAAUACAUAGCCAAUUAGGCGCACGCACAGAAAGAAACAGUGGGGAUGGAAUGAAGAUGGCAUGUAGUCAUUUCCAAUGUGCAGCAUGGGCUUUUGAACAUUUGAAGACUAGUUAUGCCCAAACAUUUGGCAUGGAUCUAGCGCCAGAAUUAAUGACUUUUAUGCACCAGCUUUGCUUAGCACAAGCUCAAGAAUGCAUAUUGCAAAAGAGUAUGUUGGAUAAUCGUAAGCCAACAAUUGUAGCAAAAGUUGCAAAGCAAAUAGUAGAUUAUUUUACUAUGGCGCUAAACACAUUGGAGCAAGGUGGAAGUGAAGAUGGAACUGUAUCUGACACAGUGGGUACCAAAAUUUAUAAAAGCUGGAAACGUUAUGUCAAGUUUAAAAAAGCGUAUCACUCUGCCAUUACAUAUCUUUAUCAAGGCCUCACAGCUGAGGAACAAAGGAAAAUGGGAGAACGAGUAGCUUUUUAUAAUGCUGCAUUAACAUCCCUUAAUGAAGCCCAUGCAAUUUAUGAUUUUGCAAAUAUUAAAGAAGAAAAAGCUGCAGUGGAAGAAGCACUCACGUUUACAAAUGAUGUAAUAGAAGGCAAAAGAAAAGCUGCUAAAAAUGAAAACGAAUUUAUCUAUCAUGAGGAAGUGCCAGAAAAAGAAAUCCUUCCUAUAGUGAAAGGCGCUUCUUUAGUUAAAGGAAUAUCAUUUAAUGUAAAUGAUCCAGAAAUAUCAGGACAAGAUAUAUUUGCAAGAUUAGUUCCUAUGAAAGUGCACGAAGCUAGUUCUCUCUAUUCAGAGGAAAAAGCCAAAAUAUUACGCUAUAUUGGAGCAAAAAUCGAGGAAAAGGAUCAAUAUCUUAACACUUAUCUUACAUCCUUGAAAUUGGAACAUAUGAAUUUAUGGGAUCCCGAUAGCACGCAAACUUCAGAAUGGGAAUGCUUACCUCUUCCAGAAGAAUUAGUCGAACGAUGCGCUGCGCUUAAUGCAAAACAACAUGUCAUUGAGGAUUUAGUAGAUAUAAUGGGAAAAUUAUCUGAAACAAGCCAAGAUGUUGAAAGUGUAUUAAAGGAAAUAUCGAAACUUUUAUUGGAUGAGGAACAGAAAGAAAAACAAUACCAAGAUGCAGUAGGUAAAAGACCACCAUCAAUAGUAGCAACAGAUUUGACUAGAGAAGCUAAGAAAUAUGAAGAAGCACAUAACAAAGCUUCAGAGAGUAAUCAGGCUCUGCACAAAGCAAUAACAAUGCAUGUAAAGAACUUAAAAAUUCUAGCUCAACCAUUGGCUGAUUUAAUGGCGCAUAUUCCUUCACCAAGUAUAUACCUUUCAGAUCAAAGUUCCGAAAAAUCACAAAAUGCGAAGGAAAUAGAAAAAAUGCAUACUAAAGAACUGAAACGUAUAUUAAAUAAAGUAGACGAAAUGCGGAUGCAGAGACUUGAAUUGCACAGCAAACUACGAGACCAAAUCGCUCAAGACGAUUUAACACGCUUACUAGUCACAGCUACUUCUGAAUCUGCUCCUUUGGAUCGUAUAUUUGCACCUCAGCUUAGCAAGCAUCAGAGUUUGGUAAAUUUAAUAGAACAGAAUCUUGCUGCACAAGAUAACAUAUUAGCAGCAUUAACGGAUGUAUAUGCACAGACUGCUAAUAUAAGAAAGAAUGUCGAGGAGAUAUUAAAACGUAGAGAAAUGAUGAUAUCCUCCUUGAUCAAUUCUUAUGACGCAUAUGAGGAUUUAUUAGCAAAAUCAAGUAAAGGUUUAGAAUUCUACAGAAAAUUAGAAAUAAAUGUUACAAAAUUAUUGCAACGAGUUAAAAGUACAUGUAAGGUACAAGAAGAAGAACGGGAACAAAUACUUGCACAGGAUAGCAAAAAUACAUAUGAGAAGACUGAUGCGACAAUACCGUCGACCUACGAUCAAGGACGUAUUCGAUCUAAUAAUGGCCUCAAGUUAAAGGAUUAUUUGAACAGCAGAGUGGAAGGCGGUACUGGUUAUCAAAAUCCGUAUUACAACUUAUACAAAGGACAUACUGCAACAUUGCAAAUGGAUUCAGUGUCAAAGUCAUUGGUAAGUGACACAGGAAACAAGAAUGUAAUUCAAUCUCCAAGUACAAUACCUGUAUCGGAAAUUCCGUCUUCGUCUACGAGAUCGUCGCAACACUACUAUCCUACAACAUAUACCGAUUAUAGAAUAAGUUCUUCCCCGUAUCCAUACAAUGCUCAGACUUAUUAUGAAAAUCCGAUUGCCCUAAAUCAGAGCUCUUUGCCGACCACUAAUACAAACGCUACGGGUGUCUAUCAACAACCAGGUUUAUCUGCAACUACUACAGAUGUAUCUAAUUCAAGUAUGCAAUAUCCUGCAAAUUCUUAUCUAUCGAAUGGACAAACACUACCUGCAUCUAUUACCACACAAGAGAAAUUCCGUGGUGUCGCACAUACCAGUUACAAUGUUUCCAAUACUACUUUGCAAUACGACGCUUAUCAAUCUCCAGCGGGUUAUAAUAGUUACAACGUUGCAACACCGUAUGUUCCUAAUCAAGAAAAAGCUGCGAUUAAAAGUGAAAUAACCAAGGUAUCUUCGCAAGUUCAACCAGUAUCUGCAAAAGUGCCCGUUUCUACGAUAAGUGCGGCUGUAAACAGUACUAUGUCGACAGACGAUCAGUGGCAAGUUUCUUAUAGCGUUGCGCAACAACCUCAGCAAUAUGAUAAUCAACAGAAGACAACUUUAAGCCAAGAUAUAUCUCAUGGUGGUCAAAACAUAGCUGUCAGACCUCAGCAGACGCUGUCGACGAAGGAUAAUACGCUCACACAAAACUAUUCGCUCCCUCAAACCGGCCAUACUGAAAUGACAUAUCUGCAAAAUUACCAUCAGAAUAAUACCUAUUACAAUCCAGCAGAGCUACAAACCCAGCGAGUCCCAUACACUCACAGCACGUACGACACAACUGUUGUUCCUCCGACACAAUAUGUGCAAUCGCAGCUACCAAGUACGAACAAUCAUCAAUCUAUACACUCCGUAACAUCAGCGAGCGAAAAUUCGACGGCGUAUCCUUCGAAUUUACACAGCAUUAAUUCUAUUCAGUAUUCGCAGCAGACGAGUACGGAACAGAGUAAACAGAAUUAUGCGGAUAAAACUUACGCUGCUUACGGUACACAAGUGCAAAUGAACGCUGUCGCUCCAAAUUAUCCGAGUACUUAUCAAACUUAUCAGCACGGCACUGCUGGUACACCAUAUCAACAACAAAGUAGCAUGUUAUCCGGAGACACAUCUAAUGCGUACGCUUAUUUAAGUAACUCGAGUAGCUCGGAGAUAAUACAGAGCCACGCGAAACCAACGACGGUGCAGAGUUACUCGCAGUCGUAUCAAUAUCCGCAGCAAGUUCCUUAUUCGGGAUACGUACAAUAUCCAAAUUAUUCGCAAAGUCAAAAUUAUAAUUACAUGCAAAACGCUCAUGGAACAAACACAAUGGCAUACACAUAUAAUCCUCCUGCUAAUCAGGCGCAAGGAUAUGCUUAUGCAUCUAAUCUGCAAAAUACACAGACUUCUCAACCGUCUCAGGAGGCAACGGUUUCGACAACGUCCUCCGAUGUAACGGCUGGUAGCAUUUAUCAUCAACAGCAAGAGACGAAUGCGAGAUACACAAACGCGGGCAAUAAUGCUGUGGUCAGCCAAACACAAUCAUCGCAAUACAAUCAAGUUUAUCAGUCUCAAACGGAAAGCGACACAUAUUAUAGUACGCCUUAUGGUCUUCAAAUGCAGGGUCAAACUAAUACGAUUACAAGACCAGAAAAUUACACUAAUUACAAUCAAACAUACAUGCAAGCCGUCAAUAAUGGAACGAACACAACAACGAGCGCAAAUCCGAUGAAACUUACGACCAAAUCUGAGGAAGCGAAAUCAAAUGUCGAUCUUCUCGCCGAUCUCGAUAUUACUAUAAAUCAUGCACCACUUGUGCCGGAAGUACGACCUCUUGCAACAAUACAGAAAAAAGAAGAAACGGUAACGGGCGAUAUUGCGGAAGAUGUUAAGACAGAAAAAAGCGAGCAAGAGAAACCCCAUAAUACUGAACAAGAAGCAACAACUUCCUGCGAAGACAAAAGUGACCAUGAGAACUUACAAAUUGUAUGGGAUACAUGGUACAAUGACGUUCAACCGAAAAAAGAUCCUUUAGGAGAACCGGCAGCGUUACAAAAGUUCAUCAAUGAUGUUGAGAAAUAUGAAAAAUUUGUAGAUAGUUUACUCGUAAAAACUCUAAGCGGAGCUACAAACCUUGAUAUUAAAUGGAAAGAAGUUCAAGACUAUGAAGAGCGAGAAAAUGGCAAACAAUCAAGUACUGUAGCAUUAGCUCAUUCGUCCGAAAAUCGAGCGGUCGAUUGUAUUCCAUAUGAUACAACACGGGUGCAAAUAUCGUCCGCAGAUGUUUCGUCUUACAUAAAUGCAUCCCACAUUAUGGAAAUCACGCAAUGGAUACCUACAGCGUUUAUUAUAACUCAAACACCUUUAACAAAUAAAUUGGACGUUUUUUGGACGAUGAUCUGGGAACAAGAGAGUGAAGUUAUUGCAUGUUUAGCAUCUGAUGCUCAGUUGAAUGGAGAAUUAUAUUGGCCCAUUAGUGAAGAGGACAACUUAGACAUAGGAAACUUUACAAUUUCAUUAAAAAGAAUAAUUAACUAUACAACCUAUAUUCAAAGAACUCUUUCUAUACAACAUAAUAAAAAGAAAUCUGAAAAAGUCGUUGUACACAUGCAAUUUCUUGUGUGGCCUUCUAAUGGUUUUCCAAGUAGCCCUGGCGCUAUACUUGCAUUUGCAAGCGAUGUGAUGACUGAGCAAGCAUUAAGACGUUGCUCUCCCAAGCCUGUAAUUGUACAUUGUUUAGACGGCGGUUCCUUAAGUAGUUUGUUUUUAGUAGCUGCUACAACAGUGUGUCACAUACGAGCAGGUUGUGGAAUUGUAGAUGUACCACUGGUUUUUAAAGGCCUUGCAAAAUGUCGCAAACAAGUUGUGAAUAAAGAAUCAUUGUUAUUUGCAUAUAGAUUGGUAUUGUACCAUGCUCAGGACAUUUUAAUGAAACGCGGCAUUUUAUCUUCUACUCGAUCUACAUUUGAAAAUUUUGAUAGUUUUAAAGGAAAUAAGGAGAAAACAUCAAGAAGAUUGCAGUGUCAUCCCUCGGACGAUUUUCUUCAUAAUCUUGCUGUAGGAAUACAACAUUCUGAUCUGGAACAAGGAAAAACUCAAGCUUUAACAAGCGAUAACGCAUCGAGUAAAAGUUCAACGUCAUCGCAAGAAAAAUCUAACGGCGGAGUCAUCGAUCCUUUGAGCCAAUUGGAUCCUUUGUGGUCCAUCAGAAGAUAAUUGUAAAAUGCUAGAGAAAUGUAAAUUUCAUUGUGCAACUUUAAACGGACGAUUAUUUAAACGAAAUAGCCAUUCCUGUCUAUAUUAAAGCAAUUGAGAAAAAAUAUCGAGCUAGAAUUUUUAAGAGCUUGUAUAAAUAAUGUUAUAGAGGAAUUAUAAAAGGAGUAACAAUAUGCAUCUAAAUAUUUAAAUUAGCCUUAAAAUAAAAGACAUUUAUUCAAGUAUUUGCUAAUCCUUAAGUUUUAACAGUUUUACAGUCUGUUAAAUAUAUAGAAUAAAAAAUAUAAAACACAUGCCACC